AUGGGGACGCUGAGCGGCGCCGGCGCGCGCGAGGCGGAGACGCGAGACCGAGCGCGAGGAGCGGCUGGCGUUUCGGAUAAGCGGUCUUGGAUCGAUCGUGAGGUGCUGUACUGCGCGCUGGAGACGCUGAUCAGCGAGGAAGCGAUGGCGGGAUCGAGCGAGUAUCGCGUCGCGGCGUCGACGAGGAUGGACGAAGCGCGCGUGCGGGAGCGCGUCAAGACGCUGAGCGCGGUGGGAAGCGCGCGGAGCGACGCGGAUACGAUGGAACGCGCGGCGAGACUUUUAGUUGACGAUGAUGAUAUCGAAGGCGCGAUUGCCGUGCUCCGAGAGCGACGGAAAAAAUCGCCGAAAAAUCCCGUGCGAGACGAUACGAAAUUCCCGUUGGCGAAGACGACGGCGCUGCUGCGGCAUUUACGUUGGGUGCGAAGGAUGCGCGCGAUUAGGUUUUCAGGGUUAUCGGACGAUGGAGAUAGGGUGCUACCACUCGUGUGGCGGCCGGGGAGUAAACAUCACAAACCCGUGGAUGACGUCGAGGCGGUGAAAUUAGGCGGUGAGGCCAAGGCGGCGUUGCAAGAGGCGAUUCGUUUAGAUGAAGGCGAUGCCGCGUGCGCGGUGGCGUUGGCGCAGGUUGAAGCUUUUCAAGGCAGCUUUCUGAGAACGAGAGAAGUACUGACAAAGUGCUUGAUGAAGAACCCCAACGAUGCGGACGUAAACGCAGCGUACGCGGAACUCUUGAUGAACGCCAUGCAGACGCGACAUCCGAAAGGCUCAACUUUGGACUCGGACGCCUUUCGACUAGAAGUAACCAACGCGUGCAAGGCUGUGCUGCGAAUCGAUCCGACGUCGAACACAUCGUUGAUGAUGCUGUGGAAGCUACUAGCUGGAGAAAAAGAAAAAGCAAACGUUGAGCAGAUGAGACGAAUUAUGCUCGAGUCGAUCGCGACGUGCGUCGAGGUACAACCAACGAAUAAACGCGCCUGGGUCAUGCUGGCGACGAUGUUGACUGGUAUCAAAGGCUUGGGUAUCACGCAUACUGACAUCAGCGAUAUUCGCAGCGAACUCACGGGUAUAGAAGACGACGAUUUGGAAGUGGACAAGGCGGCUGAGAUGUUUGCAUGCAACCCGGUUGAUGAGGCGACGAUUCAGCACGUUUUCGACGACGAACGACAAUGGUGGCCGGAUACCCUUUUCAAAAAGAAGGAUGAAAAAGCACCGUUGAAGGUUGGAGAAAUUAGACGUCCUUCAAAAGAAGAAAUCGUAUGGUUGCGCGUGCAUUACAUUAUCAUGGUUGUGCUCUAUCCGGGAAAGCCCACCGAGGCUCGUUAUCGUCAAGUCGAGGCACGCCUCGAUUACAUUGAAAGUAAAGAGUCCGCGAGUAAGGAAUACAAAGCGUUCAGCGCGCAAAUCAGAGAUACCGCGAAGGGCCGAAGAGAUUUGUACGGACGCAUGUUGGACCCGGCCAAGCGUGCCGCUGAAACAAGGAUCAGGAGGAAAAAAGAAAAGAGAUUAGAAACGGCGCCGCGACACGUCGCGGAAGACGCGGAAGACGACGAUUACGGACUGUCGAGCGAAGUCAUCGAGAACUUGACUUACCAACGACAACGGCUGCGAUGGCAGAAAACGCGGCAAAAACGUUCGACGUCGACGACGCCGGCGAAACGGCAAAAGAUCGUCGGCGACCCAUAG